AUGAUUGCAUCUUCACGGGCCCUUCGAAAUGGGAGGAAUUUCCAUACAUACGGUAUACUAUUACAAUCUACAGGAUCCUUUGUAUUUCCAAAAAAGGAAUUAACAAAAAGUAAAUUUAUAUUUGACAAAAAUACACAGACCGUUGAACAAAUUAUAAAGAAUCCUAGCAAAUUUGAUGAUUCAAAUAUUAUUAUCAAUGGUUGGCUUGAUAAGAAACCAAAAAAAAUUGGAAAAAAUCUAGUUUUCGCAACUUUACGUGAUACCAAUGGUGACACUAUUCAACUUGUCGAUUCGGAAUCUCUAUUAAAGAAUAGAAACGCCGAAGACGUCCUUCAAAUAAAAGGGAAACUGUCGGCUAAGAGAAAAGCUGCUUUUAGUGAUGAUAACGUCGACGAAUAUGAGAUUAAAUUGAAUCAAAUAAAUGUUCUCAAUGCAUCUAAUGAAAAACCUGCUCAACUAAAAGACCAAAAAAUUUCAGGUGUAUACCCCCCAGAAUACAGAGUCUUACAAUUAAGAUUACGGAGCCAACAAUUAUUAUUGAAACGAAAGAAUGAAGUAUCAAAAUUGCUAAGAAGUACAUUAGAUAAGGAAAAUUUUGUAGAAAUUGAAACUCCAACUCUUUUUAAACCUACUCCUGAAGGUGCGAGAGAGUUUUUGGUUCCAACGAGAUCUGGAAAAUUUUAUGCACUAACUCAAAGUCCUCAACAGUAUAAACAAAUGUUAAUUGCUGGUGGGGUCUCACGUUAUUUUCAAUUGGCCAGAUGUUUUAGGGAUGAAGACAUGAGGAAAGACAGACAACCUGAAUUCACACAAUUAGAUCUCGAGAUGGGAUUUGCUAAUGGUGAAGAUGUUAUGCAACUGAUUCAAAAUCUAAUUUAUGAAACUUGGUCCAAAUUUGCACCUCUUUCAAAUAAGCAAUUAAUGACACUAGAUGCCUCUGGUAAGUUGAAGGUAGUAACUUCUGGAAACGAUAUUUAUCGAAUGACAUAUAAAGAUGCACUGACCAAAUAUGGGAUUGACAAACCAGAUUUAAGAGCCCCCGAUUUGAAGAUUAUGAGCUUACGUGAGUUUAAUGUCCAUAGUUACCAAAAUUUAGAUUUUCCAAUAUUUGAAGUAAUUAUUGUAAGAAAUGCUGUGAAAUCCAAGGAAGAUUACGAAAAUAAUUGGGGUAAAUUGUUACAAAGAGAUGAUUAUAGUAACAGGGUACCUAUCGGUGUUCCAAUUUUAUCUGAUGCAGAUCAGACCAAUUGGUUUGACUCGUUCUCUGAAAUCGCUACUUUUGAAAAUCCAAUAAUGUUGAAUAAGGCACUAAGACUUCAAAAGGGAGAUAUUGUAUUUGGUUCAUCGCGUGAACCAGAUUCACACAUAUUUGAAAACCCAACACCUUUGGGUAGAUUACGUCAAUUAAUACUUGAUACACCCAAGGGAGGUGAACUAUUUUACCAGACUAAAAAUGACGUUGCAGCAUGGGUAAUCGAUUUCCCUUUAUUUUCACCUGUUGUCUCAGAGAAUAAUAAGAUGACGAGCUACCCUGAAUAUAAUACUAAACUAUGUUCUACCCAUCAUCCAUUUACCAUGGUCAAGCUUGACGAUUAUGAUAAACUAAAAGAACAUCCUUUACAAGUAAAAGGUCAACAUUAUGAUUUUGUGAUGAAUGGUGUAGAAUUAGGUGGUGGAUCUACCAGAGUUCAUGAUCCUGAAUUGCAGGACUUUAUAUUCGAAAAUAUCCUCAAAAUUUCCAAUGCAAAAGAAUUAUUUGGUCAUUUAUUAGAUGCACUUGCUAUGGGUACACCACCUCAUGCCGGUUUCGCUAUUGGAUUUGAGAGGAUGUGUGCCAUGUUAUUUGACAGACAAAGUAUAAGAGAUGUUUUAGCUUUCCCGAAAAGUGUGAGUGGUGUUGAUUUAGUGGUUAAAAGCCCUGCAUUUGUCGAAGAAGGUGUAUUGAAACCAUACAAUAUCAAAUACCUAUCUGGUGGGAAAAAUUGUGACUAA